UUGGUUUGGCUCAUUUCUUGAAACAGAAAUUACAUUCUCAAAAUAACAUGGACAAACCUCCAAACCUCUUGGCAAAUGUUCACAACAGAAUGGCAUUUCUCAUUCAUUUCAUCAAAUGGCAAAUGCCUUAGUACAUGUCUCAAUUGUCUCAGUGCAUCUUUGCAAAUGAUUAAGUACAAGUAGCCUACAGUUAUACAGUUAGCCCACAUUUAGCACAUUUUCCAAAUGAAUAGAUCUUGUAGAUCUAAACUGAUUAGUUGAUUCUCAGUCUAAUGAUCAUUCUCUCCAAAACAUGUCACCAUGAUUUCAUUGUAUAAGUACUCGCAUGCACAACUGUCUGUUCAAUUGUCAAAAUUGGUCAAGAACAUAAUACCUCUGAACAUGGAUAGACAAGGCUAAGCAAACGGACAAGGGGAAGUUCUUCCUCAAAGAAGAGGAGGACUGAGAAGGCGUGGUGGAGGAAUAGGGGGAAGAGGCCGAGGUGCGCGAAGACACUGUGCUGUCCCGAAUGAAAUUCGGGCCACAAUUAUAGACCAUGUCAUAAACCAUGGCCUCACAAUGGCAGAGGCAAGUCGUCGAGUGCAGCCUAAUGUGCCUCGCUCUACAGUCUCCUCCAUCAUCCAAACCUUUCGCAGGGAAAACAGGAUUGGACGACAACCUCGCGUGGGUGGCAGAGGAAAACUGCUCAAUGAACAACAGGAAAGAGAUUUGUAACAUGGUGAUGGCAAAUAAUGCCAUCACAUUGAGACAGAUCCGUGAUGGCAUCCUUCAGGACAAUCAUAUAUUCCAGAAUAUAAACACAAUAAGCAUCUCCACAAUAGACCGGGUUUUGAAGGAGCAUCAGAUGACAAUGAAACAAAUCUACAGGGUACCAUUUGAGAGGAACUCUGAUAGAGUGAAGGAGCUGCGCUACCAGUAUGUAAAUAGAAUAAUGGCAUUGGAAGGACAUGAGACCCCUCACAUCCUGGUGUUCGUGGAUGAAGCUGGCUUCAACCUGGCCAAGGGCCGAAGACGUGGCCGUAAUAUUAUUGGCCACUGGGCCACAGUGGAUGUCCCAGGUCAGCGAGGGGGCAAUAUAACUUUGUGUGCUGCCAUUUCUGAAAAUGGUGUGGCCACUCACAUCCCCAGUCUUGGCCCAUACAACACACACAAGCUCCUCAUCUUCUUGGAUCGCCUUUAUACCGAUUUUAUCCCUGAACAUGAGAGAGGUCUCAUAGGGCCUCACCUACCCAUUUAUGUAAUUGUGUGGGACAAUGUCAAUUUCCACCAUAGCCCACUCAUUAGGGGCUGGUUUGCAGCGCAUCCAAGGAUGGUCAUGGGCUUCCUACCACCUUACUCUCCUUUCCUCAAUCCGAUAGAGGAGUUUUUCUCUGCUUGGAGGUGGAGAGUGUAUGAGCAUCAUGCUCAGGAUCAGCCGUCCCUCCUCCAUGCUAUGGACGCAGCGUGUGACGACAUUACAGGAGAUCAAUGCAGGGGAUGGUUGCGGCAUGCACGCUGUUUCUUCCCUCAUUGCAUCGCAAGAGAAAGUAUCCGCUGUGAUGUGGAUGAGAAUCUGUGGCCAGACGGACAACAGCGUGUAAAUAAUCAGGAGGGUGAAGACAGUGGACAAGAGCGGGAGAAUGAGUACAGCGACCACUGAAUAAGUCCUGGUUUUUUGAUUUUGUGUUCAUACAAUUUACUACUGUAAUGUACAUUUUCUUUUUACAUAUGUAUGGAGCUUUCUUUGCGUGUGAAUAAAAAAUGGUUAUGAUUUCCUUGGUAGUGUGAGUGCAAUCUGUGAUGUCAAACCUUGGAGGCUACUCUUUUCUGUUGUAUAUUGUUGGUCCUCUGCCAUAGUGACAAAACAUCUAAACAUUUUGUAUGGCAGUACUCACACAAUGCCAAAGGGACGAUGCAUUUUGGGGGCACUGACUAUUCAGAUUAGAAAGAAAUGUGGUUUUGACACAUGAGUGAACUGUUUUAGGAGAGAUAUGAGCUUUUGCAGGUGGACCAUGUUGUUGUGAUCAACCAUCCAGGUUUAUUUUGACAAAAGCACCAAGAAUGAUGAGAAUGUCCGAUCUGUGUCGAGAAAUGAGCCAAAGCUAUUGAGAAGGAUCUUUGCCAUUUUGGAGACACUGACUGUUUAAAUGAGAAAGGGAUUUAGAUUGAAGCCUGAGUGAACAGUUUUGGAAGAGAUAUGAGCUUUUGCAGGUGAGCUAUAGUGUUGUGCUGAACUGUAAGAGUGUUUUGCCAAAUGAUCUUAGAGUUUUGAGAAUGUAAUCUCUGUUUCAAGAAAUGAGCCAAACCAAUGGAGAAAAA